AUGGGUCCAGCAGGGAAGUUUCUUAACGUCCGCCAGGGAGACCGGAGCAUUGAGGAUUACGCCAGGGACUUCGUGGGAGUGGCUCGCCAGUCGGCCACGGAGAAGACCUGCCUAAUGGUCUUUUUCUGGGGAGGCCUAGCCGAGCCCUUCAAGUCCCUGAUGCCAUACUGGGUCCCCGAGGAGUCGCUGGAGGACUAUAUCAACCUGGCCCUGCAUUUGAGCGGUUCUGGUCUCAAUGAUGGAGAAUGGCAUGAUGUUCGUUUCCUGACCAAAGAGAAUUUUGCCAUGCUUACCAUUGAUGGGGAUGAAGCAUCAGCUGUGAGAACCAACUCGCCUGUCCAGAUCACAACAGGAAGCACGUACCACUUUGGAGGUUAUUUUUUAAGAACCAGAGCAUCUCCUGUCCAGCGCUCAUUCCAGGGCUGCAUGCAGCUCAUUCAGGUGGACGAUCAGCUGGCUGACCUAACCGCAGUGGAGCAGGGAAGGAUGGGAGCCUUCGAGAACGUCAGCCUGGACAUGUGUGCCAUCAUUGACAGAUGUAUGCCAAACCACUGUGAACAUGGAGGCCGAUGCAGUCAGACCUGGGACGGCUUCACAUGCUCCUGUGAUGGGACGGGAUACACAGGAGCCACCUGUCACACAUCUGAAACGUCUCAGGUUACAUGUAUGCCAAACCACUGUGAACAUGGAGGCCGAUGCAGUCAGACCUGGGACGGCUUCACAUGCUCCUGUGAUGGGACGGGAUACACAGGAGCCACCUGUCACACAUCUGUCUAUGAGCAGUCCUGUGAGGCCUACAAGCAUUUGGGGAGAUCAUCUGAUUCCUACUGGAUUGACCCAGAUGGAAGCGGACCAUUAGGUCCUUUUAAAGUCAUCUGCAACAUGACAGAGGACAAGGUUUGGACGACUGUGGUGAAUAACCUACCGGCGCAGACAGCGGUGACUGGCUCCAGCCGGGAGAGACGGAUGGUACUGCAGCUGAACUACAGUGCCUCUGUGGAGCAGGUCACAGCUAUAACCAACAGUGCUGAACACUGCGAGCAGCACGUAUCCUACGCCUGCCAAAUGUCACGCCUACUCAACACACCAGGGUGGGCAGUGUAA